UCUGUACCCUGCAUUAAGCAGAGACAGUUGGAAUCUGAUUGGCCGGUCUGUGUUGCUCCCGUAUGCUGUAGCGGAUCUUCUCUUGCAGGCGGCUGGGCGGAUUGGUCGGAAUGGAGUAUGUGCCACGAAGACGGGACGCAAUACCGCCAUCGCUACUGCGACAGUCACAGCCCGGGGCCCACGCAGUGUGUGGGGAACAACACGCAGUACAGAGAGUGCAUAUACAACGAGAUCCCAGUGAUUCUGCCGGCCUCCAGCAUCGAUGAGAACAAAGAAUGUGCAGGGUUCAGCCUCAUCCAUCUGAUCGCCACCGGCGUGUCGUGUUUCUUCGGCUCUAGCCUGCUGACGUUUGUGAUCUACGUCUAUUGCCAGCGGUGUCAGAGGCAGUCGCAGGAGUCCACCGUCAUUCACCCGGCGACCCCCAAUCACCUCCACUACAAGGGCAACUCCACGCCCAAGAAUGAGAAAUACACUCCUAUGGAGUUCAAGACUCUCAAUAAGAACAAUUUGCUCCCGGAUGACCGAACCAAUUUUUACCCGCUGCAGCAAACCAACGUCUACACGACGACGUACUAUCCCAGCACGCUGAGCAAAUACGACUUCCGGCCGGACUCCUCCCCGGGCAGGACUUUCACCAACAGCUGA